AUGCCGGUGACAGUGACACUACCCGGCCCGGCCCCGUGGGGCUUCCGCAUCUCCGGAGGAAGAGAUUUCGGGAAGCCCAUCACUGUCUCCAAGGUGACAGAGCACGGGAAGGCGGCCACGGGUGACCUCCGGCCGGGGGAUGUCAUUGUCACCAUCAAUGGAGAGAGCACGGCUGAGAUGCUCAACGUGGAGGCGCAGAACAAGAUCAAGCAGAGCCCGGGGCAGCUCCGGCUGGAGGUGGAGAGGUCCCCUGUGCCACCUCCCAGCCACACCAACGGGGACACCUCUCCGGAGAGGUUGGCCACGCGCUUCCAGGACACGCUGUGGAUGCGGAGUGAGAGCCAAGGUGCCCUGAGAACCCUCGACCCCAGCCUGGCAUCCCUCACCCACCCACCUGGCAGUGCCAGCUCACAACCCUUGGAGCAGGAGUUCACCUGUCCCGGCCUCCACCAGGAGCGAGGACGCCUGAGCCGCCAGAACAGCUCCCAGGGGCCCGUCCUGCCUCCACCCCCCUGCCCACCCCCAGCGGAGCUCGGAGCCCCCCAAAACCCUUGGGAAACCCUCGGGGAGAGGCGCCUCUCCUCCUCCUCUCCCAACACCUGCCACAGCCAGGGCUCGGAGCCGGCCAUGAAGCGCUUGGAGGAGGACUCGGAGGUUUACAAGAUGCUACAGGAGAACCGGGAGCUGCGGGCGGCCCCGCGGCAAUCCAGCACCUUCCGCCUGCUCCAGGAGGCUCUGGAGGAUGAGGAAGGAGGAGCCCCCUUCCCCAGCCGGCUCUCGGCCGGUGCCCGCAGGCCCGUGGCCGGGGUGCAGAAGCUGCACGUCUGUGAGAAGUGCGGGAGCAGCAUCGCGACACAGGCGGUGCGGAUCCAGGACGGUCGCUACCGGCACCCGUCCUGCUACACCUGCGCCGACUGCGGCCUCAGCCUGAAGAUGCGCGGCCACUUCUGGGUGGGGGACGAGCUGUUCUGCGAGAAACACGCCCGCCUGCGCUACCAGGGACCCCCGGGCGGGCCCGUCCCCCGCCCUGUGUCCCCUCGCUCCUGA